UCUAAUGGAUGAAAACAAGAUAGAAAUAUUUACGUCACAAAUUACUCUCCAUACUUUAAAUCACACGAAGGCACGCCGGGUUUUCUCGAUCUAUUUAUACACACCAGACACAGGGCAAUGGGUACAAAAUUAUCAACGCUGCGAAGAGGACAACAAACUAAUGGCAAACAAAGAAACCUGUCUGUUCCGGUGAACUCAUCAAACGGAGAAGAGGAAACCACCAAAGAAUCUACUGCGGAAAACCCAACUCUCUCAGGUCUGAUAUCAGGAGAACUGAGUAUCAAUGGGCGUUUGCAACAUCAUAGACAUCGUCACCUUUCUGAUGAGAAGCAUCAUGACAUCCUUUGUGGUCAAUCCAGAAAUAGUCAUUUUGUUGAAAACUCUCAUUAUGCUGUUAUUGAUAAUGGAGAAUAUAAACACAACAGCAAGGUAGAAUUAUGUUCUACACAUAAGGACAAUUUAUACAGCUAUUGGUGCAAGGAAUGUAAAGCGCCUGCAUGUGAUUGCUGUGUAUGUAUUAGAUCUUCUCACCAUGAAGUGAGGAAUUUGCAAGACGAAUAUGAAAAAGAACGAGUUGAUAAUAAAAAAGCCAUUGUUAAUAUACAUCGAUGGAUACUUCCGCGAAAUAUCAUGAUCAGGGCAAGGAUGGAAAAAGAGAUGGUAAAACUGGGCACAUCAUCACAUGAAACAAGAGAAGGAAUGCAGACCAAAGCCAAGGAUCUUAAAAAUCUUCUAGAUUCCGUAGUUUCCCAGGACGGUGCAUUCUUAAAAGAAUUAAAGAAUGACAUGAUUUUUAGAUUACGCAGUCAGAUGAAACGGAUGGACAGGCGUUAUGACCGACUGCAGAAUGUUUGUAACAAGUAUGAACAACUAGCGAACAGACCAGUAGAAUUUCUUCUUUUUCUAUCCAGGAAACCUUUUGCAGAUUUGAGAGCCACGCCGAAAAAUGUCCCAGGGUUAGCUUUCAGAGCCUGUGACGAAACUACAGAUAAGGUGAAAAUGCUGAAGUUUCUUGCUGAUGUCAGUCUGACAGAAAACACCAGAAAGCGUACACACCUUGAACUACUGCGAAAACCAAUCCCUGUUCGUUCAUUUCAAAUGGUAGACAUCAACCGUGGAUGCCACAUUACCGGUGUUACUCCCGGUUUGGUGUGGAUUAGCGAUUACAAGCACAACCUGAUUCUGACGGAAGUGGGAGACAAGCCACACACAGUUCACAGAGUUCACGAUGACUGCUGGGGCCUAGGCGUGCACGCGGUGACAGGGGGAGGUGACCUGAUUUACAUCGAUAGGCGAUCGUCAAUAAAGAAACUGUCUGCUGAUUGUCAGACAUAUCAAACUUUAUUCAAAAUCAAAGAGGACUGGAGACCACGAUGUAUAUAUUCUUCUCAUUUUAAUGAGGACCUUCUGGUGGGAAUGUGGAAAAAUAGUAAAGAAAAGAAGGCUAGAGUUGUAAGAUUCGAUAUUUCGGGAGUGGAAUUGCAAGAUUCUGACAACACAAAGCGUACGCUUUAUCAAUACCCCGCGUACAUAACAGAAAACUUAAAUGGUGACGUCAUCGUAGCGGAUUUGGAUAAACACGCCCUCAUCGUGACGGAUUUAGAGGGCAAUUAUCGCUUUUCCUACUCGGGCCCGCCACCAGAAUGCGAGCUAGAUCCGCGCGGAGUUUGUACUGAUGGUCUAGGUCAUAUUUUAGUAUGUGACUGGACAACUAGAUCGGUACAAAUGAUUGACAAAGAUGGACACUUUCUAUCGUCGUUGAUGACCAGUGGGCCUAGCUACACCAACAAACCACCCUAUGGACUCUGGUACGACGACAAAAGUCAUCUCCUGUGGGUGGGCUAUGAUAACUCAAACAGAAUCACAGUGUUUGAAUAUCUAGAAUAAAACCUGACAUAACAAGAAA